UCAAAUAUCGGUUGUUACUUUCUUUUCAGGGCAACUUCAUGACCAUCCUUUUCUUUUCCAGAAGAUGGUAAUCAAAUACUCGUGCAGCGUUUCAUAGACAUACCCAGAAACUGGAUAAAGAAGAAUCAAUACUGGCCAUGCUUUUUUUUUCCCCAAAAAUUUGUUUGUUUCCUCAUACAUUCUUUUGAAGCGGCGCUUUUCAUCUUUUUAUUUUGGUGUGAUAAUGAAGAUGGAUCCUUCAGGUGAUUUUGGAUGCUCAGAAAUUUGUAUGUCGUUACUGGGGGACUUCUGAACAAUGUAGCUUUUUAAUAGAUAUUUAGAUGCAGCAAUUUCCUCUUGAGCUGUAUCUAUUGAAUUCAAGAGAUGUGCGGACACAGGCUCAUCCGGCCAUACCUCCUGUUUUUCAUCAAAAACCCAAUCAAUGAUGAUCUUAAUGUGUAGCACGAUGCAUGGAUCUUUAGAUCUGCACGUCUAGUUUUUCUGACGUACGAGGCCUUCCGUGGACAUGGGCAGCAGUUUUAUCAACUCCGAUUAUUAGAAGAAGAAGAAGAAACUCUGGCUAAGCAUAUGAAGGUAGUGCAGAAACAAAUCUGCAGAUCAGCUGGGCAUCAAGUUGAUCAACUGGAGAUAAUGAAAAAAAAUUAUGCUAUCAAAUGUUGCGGGUUGGUUCUGUCUCGGCUCCUAAAGUUCACAGCUCCACCAUUUAGGCGACAACGAGGAACACAACGUCCAUUGAUCAGAAGAGUCGAGCAAUGCCUCCUCCAGCUCCAACGUGAUGCUACCGAAGUAUUAGAUUUCAGCGCUCUUUAGAAAAGGUCUUCAAAUAAGAUGCCAGAAUCUUAGGUUCCUACCAUUGCCCAACUCACUCAAACUGCCUUCAAAUCUCUACUAAUACCCCCCCGUACAGAGAGAACAUAAGAAUGGAUUUUAUGUUAAAUCUUCCAGAGGGGCUUUGAAUAGUUUCUAAGCCGUUUUGUUAGCAUAAUUUUAAAGAUAUAAUAUUUUUUUAUUAGCAUAAUUUUAUAUCAUCUUAUAUUCUUAUUUUUUAUUAGUGUUUUUAUUAGAGUAAUUUUAGAAAUCAUAUAACAAUAUUUUAGCACAUUGCGCUACGACUCACCUAGUAGCAUAUGCUAGAAAUGAAUUCUCAUAAUAAGAAAAUGCGAAAUUACAACCAGAUAUCCAUAUCACCCUACAAAAACACUGGCAUUACCGUAACAUCGCUAUUAUCCCACACACAAACAGACCAUAAACGUUAAUUUUAGUUGCCACUAACAUUGCAAAGCCCCUCUGGCUCGAAAUUUCAACCGGAGAUCUCGCUGGAUUUCGCCUCGGGCUUCUUGAUCUCCUCCUACACCCGAUCGUUUCGUUUCCGCUGGAGUUUCUGGCUUGCUCCGGCUUCUCUUCGACAGGACCCAGAAGGAAGAUAUAGAAUCCUCCGGUACCUUCAUCUUACUUUGACCGCGUAGACCCGGACUGCGCCGCUUCGAAGCGGGUCCGUUUCCAGCUGGAAUGGUCUAGAUUAACCAGGUCGAGGUCGAAGUCGAAAUUUAGAGAGAUUCGCCAUUCUUCCUCAUCCAGGAUAACACGGCAGGUUGGAGAAAAGCGCGGCAACGUUCCCCGAAGGGAGAGAUCCAGAUUGAAGCAUGGAAAAAUCGAGAGGAUUCGCAGGUCGAUUUCCUUUUUUUUUCUCUCUAAAACGGUUCUUUGAUUGAUGCGAUAGGAUUGCCUAAACUGAGCUUCUUGGUUAAUUCUAGCCGUUGUAAGGUAAAUUUUUUGAUCCCUUUCCCGUGUUACCAUUUAUUGGUCCUUCUUUUCCAUUUGUUUUCGUUCCUUUGAAGAUUUCGAUUGGUCUAGCAAAUCCCCUUUUCAAAAAUUAUGCAGAAUAUGCGGGUGUUAUGUGGCGCCUGAUUUGGUCGAAGAUUUGAUUUAAUUGGACGUCAUAAAUUUGUUGCCCCAUCGAACCCUAACUCUACAUCCCCACUAGCUUGUAUGACGGAUUUGUGAUCUUGCUUGUUAUGAACUUGAAUAGAUUGCCCGAGAAACUGCGAUCAGACGAGAUCGUAUUUCCUUUUAUUUGCAUCUUAUGGGUUAGCAUUUUGUUUCUUCUAUAGUACUAAUCUUGCACUUUGUGCGAGCUUUGAUUCUUUAAGAUCUUCAUUGUGGACUACUUCAUUUUUAACUUCAUAUCAUAAUUGAAUAGAUAUUGGAGUUAGCCUUGCGAUUCGUAGAACAUUUUGGUGGCAUGUACUGUUCAAGCUUUGAACCAUGAUCUAACACUGUUCCCAGGGAAGUAGAAUUUACAAGGUUAGCUUGUUAUAGAGGUUUAGCGUACUUAUCAGUCUUCCAUCAAAGUGAAUGCUGAUGACCUGAGAACACAUCCAGUUAAUAAGCACUGAAAAACUUUUUCUUUUUCUGUUUUUCAUUUUUAAUAUACAUGGGUUUUCAGGGUCAUGCCUAUAUUCGAGUCAGGAGGGCAUAAGUAACCAGAUAUGUCACAGUGAGAGUCUAACUAUAAAGGCUGGAUUUGUUCUAUAAUUUAGGUUCUAUUUCUAAACUAUAAGAAACUGAAGUCUAGGACUUGGAGGCUUAGGCUCUGGGAGUGAUAAUGGAGACUGGACAAUGAAGAGGAAGCGUAAAUAAAUAGAAAGCGACAGUAUGCAAGAAAGGUUGAAGAGAACGAUGCAAAUGUUAAAUGUCAUUGUUCUGUGGGGUGCUUGAUUUGCUGUUGGAUUAUCGUGAAUAAUUUUAAGCAUGUUAUUCGAGUACAAAUGCAUGUAAUGCACUAAUGCCGCCCUUUUUUAACUGUAAAGUAAGAGCAUCUACGAUUUAAUUGGAUAAAGGUUAUGUCUGCUGGAGGAAAUUAGUUAUAUAAAUUAGCUUUCUAGCUCAGUGGAGCAAAUAUUUUGUAGAUGGAAAAUGAGUUUGUUCUCUUAUUAAGCUGUUAAGGGACUUGUCAUUAGGUGCGUAUCAUUCCAAUCCCGGAGUUCCCAAUAGCUUAUGAGGUAGUUAACAGCUGUACUAGUCUUUGAUAUUGGUACUUAGAAGAACAUGUUAAGGGAUUACUGUUUUUUAUCAAGCUUGGAGAUAAUAUACUUUGAAGAACGGAUUAAGCACAUGUUUGGAGAUAUACUUUGCUAAGAAAAACCUUUUGUAGUUUGGCCUGUAAUAAUGGUUAAAUUGUGAGCAACCAUUACAUGGAUAAAGAAUAUUUUGAACUUUGAAGCAAAUAUAUUUAUCUUUAGAUUAAAUAUUGCAGUGCUGCUACUAUAUCUGUAUUCUGUAAUGGAGCAGAUUUCCCCCCACCCCCAACUCUUUUUUACUUUGUCUUUCAGUAGCCCUUGAAGCUACUUGCUUGUAUGGUCUACGGUUCUUCAAUUUUAACAAAACUAAAGUGGACUUUAGUUUAAUUAAAUGCUGAAAAGAUGACCUCAAAGAACAUGUCCUGAUAGUGUGAAGACAUCUCUUGAAAAUAAUGUCUUUGUUACCUGUGGCACCAACAUGGUCGGAUUCAGUAGUGGCUUGGUUAGCACUCUAAUGAGCUAUUUACCCAUCAACUUAAUGCUUUUCUUUUGGUGGGGAGAGGGAGGGGGCGCUUCCUUUUGCCUCUUCAAGAACCAAGUAGUUAUCUGACAAGCUGUUGAGAUCUAUAUAACCUGGCAAACAUUUUUGGUGUAAAGCAGGACUGCAUUGUGCAGAAAUGGGCUUGUGGACAUUGCUUGAGGGUUUUUUGCUUCUUGCAAAUGCAUUGGCAAUAUUGAAUGAGGACAGAUUUCUUGCUCCUAGAGGGUGGAGUUUCUCUGAAGUUUCAGGAACUGGUCAAGCAAAGUCAUUGAAGGGCCAACUCAUAGGGCUUAUCUAUGCAACACAGUAUUUGAGAGUUCCACUUAUAAUUCUAAAUGUUAUCACAAUUCUUGUGAAGUUGGUCUCCGGCUGAGUUUGACAUGUCAUUGAUCAAUUGUUCCUGUCAAAAUUUUGUUUGUUUGAACUUCAUUUAACUGUAAUUCAACUAAACGUGCCUGCACUGUGUGGGGAUCCAAUUUUCUCCAUGUGUUGUUGAUGUUCA